AUGUCACUAAUAUUCUAUUUACAGAUUGGAUCAAUUCACCAACCAGGAACGCAGGUUCGAUCGACAUCUCCGGGAUCCCAAAACCCAGUGGCAGGUUCAGGGGCAACCACGGGGGGCCCAAGUGCGGCCCCUGGUGUCGCCAGAGCGGGGGGCAUGUUCUGCUACCACUGUCCCCCGGGGCUGCCGGCACCAAGACUACCGCCUACAUUGGAAUAUUCUUUUGCACCUACCCAUCCUUACACAAGUUACUCUGCCUACCACCCAGCACUGCAUGGCGUGGGCGAGGAUUCGUUUGUCCGACGGAAGCAGAGAAGAAACCGGACAACCUUCACGCUCCAGCAGCUGGAAGAGCUGGAGUCUGCGUUCGCCCAGACCCACUAUCCGGACGUGUUCACACGUGAGGACCUGGCGAUGAAGAUAAACUUAACGGAGGCUCGUGUACAGGUUUGGUUCCAAAACCGGCGGGCAAAAUGGCGUAAGAGUGAAAGGCUGAAAGAAGAGCAGCGAAAGCGGGACGGAGUGCUGCCCCCUGGCGGCGGAACUGGAGCGAGUGGCGGAGGAGCAACGCCAGAAGCGGGUCUGCCGCCAUCUUCUUCUAGCGGGCAAAGUCCGACGAGUCCUCACGGGGACCCGAUGGAGACGAACGACGAGGAACCUGGCCAAGACUGUGGUGGGGGCUCUCGAAGUCCCAGUACGACUUCUGCCUCAGUUAGCCCGCGGCCGCAGCAGUCUCAGAGCCAGCCUUCGCUCGGUAGUUCAGCGACGCCACCGACGACGCCGAUGAGGGCGCCACUCUCCAGUUCCGUCAGCGGGUCUCUGAUCCCAUCCACGGAAAGCAAACUAAUCGGUUCGACGGCAUCGACAUCCUUGACCUCAGCGACCCCGUCUCUGUGGACCACCAGCGACCAUCGUCCCAGCAGCCUCCAAGAAAUGCUGUCCUGGACAACGCCAUCAGGCUGGCCCGGGUCUCUCUGUGGCUGCUGUAAGCCCGGGUCCGGUGAUCUUCAUCGGAGCAGCAGUUUAGCGGAAUUGCGGCGAAAAGCCCAAGAACACAGCACAGCAACGGCUUUGCUGGGCGGAUUGGCCGGGUUCCCUGGAGGGCUGCCGCUGCCUCUUCACUUGCCUCUUCUUCCGCCGCUCCUGGGACUGUCUAGACGACCUGAUCAUCAUCAUCAUCACUUGUCGAGUGUCUUAUUUUUUUGGGCAGAAAAGAUGGACGGAGAAGAUGGUAGGAUGCUCGACAGCAAUCAAUGUUCCGGGGAAGAAAAAAGCUUGAUUCUCCUAGCUACC